GGCGUUUUAAACUAUUCUUUUUCUUUUUCUUUUUCUUUUUUUUUAUUAUUAAUACCAUCAUUACUUUUAUAUUAAUACUAAUGACACCACUUACACAUCUUUUUAUAUCUAAACAUCGUAAAGUACAUUUUGAUAUUGCUAUUGUUAUCCGAGAUCUAGUGAAUAUUCCUUUAGUAAGUGGGCUCUUUUUUGUCAAUUGGAGAAUGAAGAAUGCAUCACAAACUUAUGGAGCAACAGUAAGAGUACCUAUUAAAGAUCAUACUGUAUGUUGGAAUCAACCUAUUAAAGUUUUAUCUCAAAUGGUGAUCAAUAAGCAACGUGUAUUAGGACCUUGUGAACUCAAAUUAGAAGUGUUUCAAGAACUUGGUGGUAAGCAAGUAUCAAAUAUCGGCGACUUGACUAUCAAUUUAUCCGAAUAUGUGGACGCCGGAUUGGCUACUGAAAGAUUCCUUUUGAAUCAUUCAAAAUUCAAUUCUACUUUAAAGUUGGCUAUCAAAUUACAUCAAAAAUCAGAUCCUGGUGUAGAAUUCCAAAUACCUAUUAAAAAGAAACAAUUAUCAUCAAGCAUACCUUCAUUUAUCAUUGAAAGGAAAUCAAGUAUGACACCCUCUACGGAUGACAGAUUAUUAGAUACACGAAAACCUACUACAAAUCGAGUUAUUAGAAAAUCUCAAUCUACAAUGACCCUAAAAUACUGUAGACAAAAUACAUUACCCAAAGGUUAUGAUUGUCCUUCUCCUCAAGAUGUAGUUGAACAACUUUUUGCCCAUUGAUUCCUUAUUCCCCUCCCCCCGUUUGUUUCAUACCAUCCUUCUUCUCGUCGGUUUUGCCUCUUCGUCUAGAAAUUCCACUUUAUGUAAACCCUUUUUGUACAGUUCCUUUUUUUUUUUAUCUCCUGAAUAAAUCUUCAAAAUGACACAUUUAUCUAUUUUAAUACAA